CCUACUAGCACAGCUUUAGAGAAUGGAUGAAGCAAAAGGAGCAGAAGAUGCAUCUAGAUUUGAUGGACGGGUUGGCCAUGCUACCAGAGUCCCAAAUUGAUCAUGAAUGGGAUAUGGAGAACAUCACAAAAACAUUCUUCAAAUGCACUAGAUGGCAGCUUGAAGGAACCGCAGACUUCAUCUAUUGUCCAUACCACUACUUCUGCGACAGCACUUACCCUGGAGACUACCCAUCCAUUGUGGACUCGUUAGUGCUCCUCUUUGCAGUUUCCUCCUUCCUGUCAACCACAGCCUUCACCCUAAUGGGGUUCAGAAGAAACACAAGCAUCAGCAUUAGCAAUUUGAAGAGAAGAUAUCUAUUACCUUCAGGUCCUAUAGCACUCCCAUUGGUGCUCUUGAUUUUUGCAAAGGGGCACCGGAUCAACACCAUUUUCCCUCUCUCACACAUGGGCCCAGCAAUUCUCCAGCUUGUUUAUAUUUCAGCUCUUGCAUUUAAAAACCAAACUGAAAAAGAUUUGCACUAUGCUGUACUUGAAGCUUCAACUGUCUCAGGAAUUUUACAUGCAAGUUCAUACCUGGAUAAUAUCAUCCUGCCUUACUACACAGGUUUUGAAGCUCUGACAGAAUCUACCUUCUCUGGUGAGUGUGCAACCUGUGUGUGCCGGAAAAAUGCUUUGGUAGUUGGAGGGAGUCUAAUCUCAUAUAGAGGAUGGUCGAAGACUACAAUGUCAAUCAUCAGUGUAUUGUUUUCAAGAAUUUUGUGCAAGAUAAAUGGGGAAGAAAAGUUGAGUUUAUUGAUCAAGUCAAUCCUGGAAGUCAUUUGUUGGCUAUUGAUUGCAAGCGACUCCAUUACCCUGAUGUUCAAUGCUCCACAAGGUGGGUUUCUGAAUAUGGUAGUUUAUGGAGGGCUUUGUUUUUUGAUCUCCCUCAGUGUCUUCAGAAAAUUGUGUACUCUCUUGGCCUGGCUAGCAGCAAGGUGUCAAAUGCAAAGGAAAAUAGAUUUAUACAAUGCUGCAAUUGUUUAAUGGCAAAAUAUAUGUAAAAAUCAAUUACUGCAAAUGAUUUUUUU